AAAACUGUCGUAAAAUCAAAGCGGGUGUUUUGAAACGCCAUUUUCAAACCCAACGAUUUCGCCAGAACUGUCCGAGACGAAAAUGGACGUGAUCUCGUGAAUUUCUGAAUCAAAUAUCACUUAUUUUAUAUCUCAAACAUGUCUAAGACGAAGAAGGUACCUGUCAUACGAGAAUAGGACUAAAUCUCCUCUGACAUGCACCAGUCCAAGGUGAAACGUAAGGUAGCCGGGCGGCUGCUGAGGCUCAGUCCAAACGAGGAGGCCAGGCUUAUACAGGAGGAGAAGGAAAGGAGGAGGAAACUUAGGUUACAACAGGUUAGACAACAGGAGAAGGCGUUUGCCAGUCAGGUGAGGAAAGAUGUGAAGGAUAGGAAGGAACAACAGAUCAGCAAGAUAGCAGCAGAACUGAAGGAAGAGUGGCAUCAUGAACAGCAGGAGAAACAGAGGUCCCUACAGACCCUGUAUGACAGCAGUGUCAAGAAAGUAGGGGAAGCACACCAGGAGGCCAAAGAAAAUGUGCCAGACUAUGACCUGAGGUUUGCCAUGGCUGUGGAAGAUCAGAGGAAGGCAGAUGAGAGACAUGUUAAAGCUGUGAGGGCCUUACGGGUUCUUAGAGAACACCAGGAGCAAAAGGAGAAGGCUCACAUUGUCUCAAGAAAAGCAGCACUUGAUGAGGAGAAAGAAAGAGCAGCUCACAUGGCAAGCCUUCCACCUCCAAAACCCGACCCCCUACAGGACAUAGACCUGAAGCAGCUUGGCCGUCCAGUGAGGUUCACAGAUGCCGACGCCCUGUCCACAACACACUUCCACAUGCCUACUGGGUAUGCUGAGAAAGCUGAAGAACAAGAACAGGGUGAUGCUAAAACAGCUGCAGUGGAGGAGUUUGAGAGACUACAGGAUCUGGAAGACCAGGAGCAAAGAGUAAAACAUGAACAGACUGAGAAGGCUCGGCUCAGACACAAACAUGCUCUCCAUCGUGUGAAACUAGACAAGGAUCAUGAACAGCUGCUGCAUGACCUGAGUGACCUUCAGCGCCAGGACCGCCAGCAUCGACGUCAGGUCAUCGCCAACAUGCCGGCUAACUUGUUCCGGCCCCCCCACCAGCGGCUAGAGUUGAAGGAAGAAGGACAGCAGGACAUGGAGCAGGCAUUUGAGGACAUGUACAUGGCACAGACUGGUUAUGUUGGGGACGUGAGUCUAGCCCUCGAUCCCCACCCCCCUCCUGCCACCCCCACGGGAGGGGACCCCUCGCUGGACCUGUCGGUGGAGCCAGGGGAGGAGACCCCCCAGGAGGUCCGUGUGGCGAGAGCUGCCCAGUCUCUGAGAGAGAAGGGUCCGAAAAGUCCUGGGAGAGACUCCAAACCUGUACGGAGAGAAGAAAACCUGAAGCGGUUACUGGACAAGAUCAAGAACCAGAGAGACGAAUGGGUGACCAGAGCUUCCCAGGAUGCUCCAGAACCCGACUCUGCCAGUACUGUGGUUCCUUUUCCUGUUGUACGAGAAAUGGACAGGGAGGGUCCAUUGUUGGUUGAGGAGAAGACUCGGCCAAAGGAGCCUAAGGAUGUCAUUGAAGAGGGUAGCAUUACAGACACAGUGUCUUCUUCACAAGAAGUGACCCCAAAGAGGGAGGACAGCCCAGCUGAAGGGGAUUCCCAGCCUGACAGAGAAGGGGUAGAGGUUACAGCUGAAGUGGUCCAGGCUGGUACUGCAGGUGCAGGGGGCGCUUCUACCUCCCAGGACACAACAGGAGACACCAUUGUUGCAGGAAGCACAGCCUUGCUGCACCCCAGGGAGGAGGCAAAGAGGAUCAGAGCAGAGGCUGCCAAAAGGCAGGAGAUGAUGGCUGACCUUGAGCAUCAGAAACAGGAACAGCUGAACCUCAUGCAGCAGCUGGAACAGCAGAGAAGACAGCUCCUGGAACAGCUGGAACAGGAACGUGCUGCCCAUGAACAGCGCCAGCAAUUCCUGGAGCGCAACCUUCUCCAGCGUCAGGAGAAUGAAAAAACUACCCUGAUUGGUCAGAGAGAAGAUGCAAGACCUUUUGCUAUUGGUCAGGUUCCCAUUAGUAAAGAAGCUGCCAUUGGUCAUCCUACUACAGUUAGUGUAGAUGAAACGAAGCCCACAGUUGGUCAACAGCCUGUUGUCCCAGAUGAAAGGCGAUCUGUGAUUGGUCCACAGCCUCCACCAAUAGAUGAUCAGCUCAUCACCAUUCGGCGUCAUCAGAAGAAGCUGUUGGAACAGUACCAUGCCAGACAGCAGGCUGUGAAGAAGGUACAGGAGAAACUGGAACAGCACAGUCAGAGACAGCCGGGAAGGACAGCUCAGGUACCUGCUGUUACUGACAGGGACAUUGUUGUGCCAAAACUACAACCUUGGACAAGUUCUAUGGGAGUUCCACAGAGCAGGUUACACAAGGAGCCAACCGAGGUAGCUCAAGCCUCAGCCAUAAGACAACCUCAUGAUCAGUUGGUUGAUUCAGGAGCCAGGAAUGAAGGGAGGACACCACUGCAGCCAGGGUUGCCAACAGUGCCAUCAAAUACAGGAGUGCCAGGCUCCUUUUUAACUGAUCAGAAGGCUCGUGAACUUGAGGACAUCCAGAGAAGGAAGGAAGAGUUGAUCAGACAACAGGAGAUGGUUAGAAGACAGAAGGAAGAAAUGCUGGCGCAUCAGAGAAAACAGGAGGAAGAGAUGAGAGUGAGACAGCUCUGGCUUGAACAGCAGAUGUCGGAACAGCAAAGGCAUCUGGAGGAACAGCAACAGCUCUACAUAUUACAACAGCUUGCUGAAGCUUCCACAUCUGUUGAUGAAGAGGACAGCAAUACUGUGCCAAAAGAGGGGUAUGAGAGAGAAGACUUCCUGGAAGCAGAAGGUCCCAGUACAGAGGAACCCAUGGGCGAACCCAUCCGUAAAGCUGCUCUUCCACCCAAACCACCACCAGCAUGGUCACGACAGGUACAUUACUUCCGAGAUGGCCCUACACACGAGCUGAGUACCAUACAGGAGGUGGAUACUCCUGGGAGUGAAAGGAUGGCCAGAAGUAUGGCUCUGGCUCAGGAACUGGAUGAUACAAUGAGAUCUGCCCAUCAGGAUGACCUUGGAUCCAUGAGCCUUGACCUUGAUGGGUCCAUGACCCAGAGCCAGAGGAGGACGUGGCACGACCUGCUCCUGUCUCCUCCCGAGGCCACCCAGCCACGCAGCGCUGUUACCAUGGCAACGGACAACGUUUCCCCGCCAACCGCUCCACCCAUCUCCUCCACCCGUGGUGCUUUGGCAACAGCAAGCAGAAUUGAGACAGCUGUACCAGCAACAACUUUGCGACCAGCACUGUCAAGUGCUGUCCCUUCAUCAACACGACUGUAA